UUAGGCCGUCACUGUGAAACCCAUCAGAUGAUUGGAAAUUACAUGUGGGAUGUAACCUCCAACAAGGAGUUCCUUAUUGGGACCAACCCUGACAGUCGCUUGUCUCUGUGGUGGAAUGGAUCAGAACCUCUCUGGGUCACCAUGCAGAAACUGGGGAAGAAGGUUUUCAUGUAUUUCUGGCCUGGCUGUGAAGUGGAGAUUCUGAAUGUUCGUCCAUCAUUCUGUGAGGAAUAUGUUUAUAAUCCAUCAGAAAUGAAUAUUACGCAGUCCAUCAGCAAGGCGCUGGCUGUGCUCAGUUCAGGCCAAGCAGACAUGGCCGCCAUUUACUAUGAGAGAAUCGAUGUGGAAGGUCAUCACUUUGGUCCAGAGUCUCCUCAGGUCAGAACGGCGGUGAGAGACCUGGAUGCCGUCAUGCAGACACUGAACCAGAAAAUUAAGGAAAGCAAGAUGGUGAACCAGCUGAAUGUGCUGCUAUUUUCAGACCACGGUAUGACGAAGAUCCAGUGGAUGGAAAAGGUGAUAGAGCUGGAUAAAUAUAUAGACAUGUCCGACAUAGUGAAGAUGAUGGACAGAGGACCAGUGGUCAGCCUGUGGCCCAAGAAUACCUCGUACCAAAAGGUUUAUGCUGCCUUGAGCCGCGUCCAGAACAUGCAUGUUUAUGCCAAGCAGGAAAUCCCUGAACGGUUCCAUUACAAGAGAGGAAACUUUGUUUCCCCUCUCACACUGGUUGCUGAACCAGGCUGGUUCAUCACUAAGAACAAGGCGACGCUGCCCUACUGGAAAAAUGACUCAGGGGAGGCCUCAGCAUGGCAAAAUGGCUGGCAUGGCUAUGAUAAUGAGUUUCUGGACAUGAGAGGCUUUUUCUUGGCUGCAGGACCAGACUUCAAGCAGAAUGUUCGAGCCGCUCCCAUCAGGACAGUAGAUGUCUACAACCUGAUGUGCUGGACAUUAGGUGUGAAUCCUUUGCCCAAUAAUGGAUCCUGGUCUCGAGUUGAGCAUCUUCUAAAUGGCUGUAAAAGCCCAUUCCAGUCUGGGACAACCUGGACAUGCAGUAUUGGUUUGGUGGGGGUGCUGUUGUUAGUAUUUUACUAAAUGAUAACCUGUUUCUCUGAUUGGAAUGAAGGUUUUUAUCUGGAUAAUAGUUGCAGUGAUUUGCUGUGAUUGGCAGAGGGUAAUGAAACUGGGUCCCAGACUAUCAGCGGCAGGUGGACCAGUGGAUACUACCUCUUUUUUAAU